UCAGGAAGAGAUUUCGACAAACUCAUCCGCAGAGAAUUUCCCUUCGGCCGCUCUAGUCACGAAGACAGGGCUAUGGUCAUUAUGAACCAGUCAGUAGUAAUUUCUUAGAUAAAAUUCAGAAACUAUUUUCCAGUUUAUUCAAAAAUAAAUCAAGCAUUUUAAAUUUGAAGCAACUAAUUAUCGCAUGUUCCAUUAAAUGAUACUAAGACUGACUCCGAGGUCACACUGCCGUCUUUCCACAGAGCUUGGAGAAGGCUUUGAUAAAACUGUUUGAGAUCGAGAUUGUAAACAAAACCACGUGCUUCCGGUGACGUCAUGAUGUUUAUUAUUAUUAUUGGCGCAUGCCAAUGACAGUCUUUGUUUACAGCAGAUAGGUGAGUAAUAUUUAGAAAGAUAAAUUAUAAUAAAGGAAAAUACAUCUCCAGCUUGUCUGCUUUCUAAAAGACAACGUCGACUAAAAACAAAAUGGAUUGAAAGUGUACAUAAAAUGCCGUGUUGGCCUUGGAAUUCAAGGAGCAAUAAUGGCUAUCAGCUGGUUAGCACUAAUGAAAGUGAAAGUAGUGAAGUUCUGGAUGAUAACACAAUGUUUACAGACGAGGUGAUACACAGUAACCCUCCAAGCCCUUGUGGCUGUACUUGUAAAUUUAAAGGACCAAGUAAAUGUAUAUGUGUGUUCGUUUCAGUACUUGUGCUAUGUUUUAUGUCCGGGACGAGUCUGUUUUUAGGAUGGUACAGUUGGUUCGGUUUACCUGAACAACCAGUGAUCGACAAAUCUAUUGAUGCAUUCAGUAUACCAAAUCACGAGGCCUACAUAAAAUAUGAUGCGCUGUCGCUCGCGAAGCAGUCUGCCUCUACGCGUCAUAAACGAAGUAUCAAAGAGGAUAGCCCAAACGAGGAACUUUCCCGGCAAAAGCGAUGUUUCUUAGACGUCCAGACUGUUCCCAGAUGGAAGAUGCAUCUGAUUUAUUUAGCGAAAGGUGACGAUGAUCCGAACAUGUUUACGAAAGAACGAUUAGAAUUGGUCCAUCAAGUUGAAAAGAAAAUCGUGAGUCAUCCACGAUUUGGUCAGUUUUGUUUAAAAGAUAAAAGUGUUGCCAGGAGCGAUCCGGCCAUUUCUGCUAAUUCAGGAUGCGCACCACUAAACUCUCUCCUGACAUAUUUUUUUCCGACGCGUGACAGCGGUGGUAGAAUUCAUUACGAUGGUUUAGGAUCACAUAUAGAUGAUAUUCAUAGUGCUCUGAAGUUUGCCAUGAAUCACGAUACUUUUUAUUAUUUUGUGGACGAGAAAAUCAAUCGAACCUAUCCGAAGAGUCGUCUGAUCCGAACUGAAGUUUUGUUUGGAUCACCACUUCGCGGUUUUGAUUGCUUCAGACAAAUGGGAGAACAGUCGGAGUUAUUCAAGAAGUUUGAAAUUACUUAUAUAGAUUUUUUAUCAAAGGCCUCUACAAGUAAAGUUCAAGUUCUGUAUGGAGGAAAUGAAAUAUUCGAUUAUGAAAUUGAUUCAACUUUUUGGAGGGAUAUAAAAAUGGCAGCAUAUUCGUUAGCAUCCAUCAUAUUUAUAAUGUUUAUACUGACAUCAUUCUCACCUUGGUUGACUAUAUUGGGAAUAUGGAGCAUCAUGUUGAGUUUUCCACUCGCAUUCUUUUUAUACAGAAUAGUUUUUAAUAUUAAUGCUCUUGGAAUUCUGAAUGGUGCUGCAGCUUUUGUCAUUAUCGGAAUCGGAGUAGAUGAUGUUUUUGUUUUUAUUAAUAUAUUUCAUCAAACUGGUGAUGCCUGUAUACCCACGGUCGCACAUAAGAUAAAACACACCGUUAUUACAGCAGGAAAAGCAACAUUUUUUACGUCAUUUACGACAGCUGCUGCCUUCGCAGCUAACAUGGCGUCAUCUAUACCAGCCGUGUAUGAAUUUGGAUUGUUUAUGUCGCUGAUUGUGAGCUGUUGUUGGUUAUCUGUAAUAAUAAUAAUGCCACCAACUUUAUAUCUGUGGCAGGUUCUCUUUAAUAACUGUGAAAAUAAAUGUUAUUUUUGUUGUAUAAAUGGAGGAUCCAAUGAUUCCGAAGGAGAUAGUAGUCAGACAUCCAGUUUAUCUGAUGCUGAUGUACCAAUGAUACAGAUAGACGAACGUGAACACGGCAUAGCUACCUUUACUACCGUAGAGAAUAAUGAUGAUCCGAUGUUAGCUAUAGACCCUGUAUUUUCACCUAUGAUUAUACAAGCCCCUAUAAAAACAACGCGUCAUAGGUUUAAUAUAGGUCGAUAUAUACAGGCGUUCCUGAAUAGAUGUAUAGCACCGGUUAUUACAAGUCAAAAAGGCAAAUGGAUAAUUAUAGGUUUCCAUGUUUGUACGCUGAUAACAGCUAUAGGGUUAAUAACACAGCUCCAUCCAGCUUCACAGCCACCUCAGUUAUUCCACCCAGAUACCAAUAUACAACAACUACUAGAUUUAAAGGCAAAUUUCAGUAUUAUAGAUAAUUUACGUUGUGAUAAAUGUUCAGCCAUGUAUUCGGAAGCUAAAUCCCGAUCCUCAUCAGGAAACAGCAGAACACAUGAUAGUCACCCAGCUACCCCAAGGCCUUUUCCUCAUCCUUAUCAUCAACCCCAGUUCCAGCCUACUACUACUACUACACCAUCUCCUAUCACCCAUCUUUAUCACCACCACCACCAAACAUCCCCUCCUACUACUACCACUACUACUACAACUACUACAACUCAACAUCCAUUCAAAGCGCAGACACGAAAACCUACUACUUAUCAUCCAUUUUAUCGUAACCUAGCAACCACCAAACGUCCAUCCGACAAGCCUCAUCCUGUAUCUGGUGGCUUCAAUUCCUGUAAGAAUAAUAAAUGUAACGAUUUGAAGGAAAGGCCUAGAUUACAGUUAGGCACAACAGUGUUUGUCGUAUUUGGUAUCAAAGGAUUACAGCAGACGGGCAAAAGAAGUGGUCAUGUUAUAAACGAGAAAAAGGGUACUGUUAUGUAUAAUGAAGAUUUACCGAGAGCGUUUACAACGAGAGGUCAAGAUAUAUUAAAAGAUUUAUGUCGGUUGUGUCAUCUAAUAAGUAAUAAUCGUGAACUUGUAAAAAAUGGAAGUGCUCAAUGUAUACCCGCAGGCCUUCCUAGUUCUUUACGUCAGUCUAUAGAAGCAAUAAAAGAAUGUCGAGAUUUACCACAUAGAGCGAUUGUAUAUAAUCAUCAACUACCAGAUCACGCUGUUGGUGGUUUAACCAAAUAUUAUAAACUUAAAUGGUUGGCUUUUGCUUUUGAAUCUACGACGUCAGAAGGUGAUGCGUAUUUUAAAGCGUACGAGAAAUAUCAAGCAUGGGAUAAAUUUAUCACGCAUAUUAAAGAUCAUGAACUAUCAAAAAAUUCACCAUUGAAAGACAUAUUCCAGACAUCGUCAUUCUGGAAAAAGGUUUUAAUGGAAGUAGUUGCUGUAUAUAGUGCUAUAUAUGGUUUAGUAUUAUCACUAGUUAUAUGUAUUAUAGCCGUUGCUAUAUUUACAGGACAUAUAUUUCUACUAUUAAUAGUUGUUAUUACUAUUGUUUGUAUGAUAUGUAGCGUAGUUGGUAUAUUUUAUUUAGCUGGAUGGGAGAUGGGAGCAAUAGAGGCCAUCUCUCUAUCAAUAUUAGUAGGAUCUUCAGUAGAUUAUUGUGUUCAUCUUGUCGAGGGAUAUAUAUUAGCAGGAAAAUAUAUCAAUUUAAAUGGAGGCCUGAAAAAUACUGAACUACGUCGACAGAGAACUAAAGAAGCCUUACAGCAUAUUGGGGUUGCCAUAAUAAGCAGUGCCAUUACAACAAUAAUCGCAGCUAUACCAUUAACUCAAACCUUGAUUCAACCAUUCAGUAAAUUUGGAGACAUUCUCCUGAUUAAUACUACUGUAUCUAUAUUAUUCACCAUAACAUUAUGUGCUACAUUGCUAAGUGCUAUAGCUCCCGCUAAAUUCCAGGCCAGUUUCAAAUCUACGGUCAAGGCCUUAAUUCUUACAUGCUUGUCCGUGGGGGUUAUUCUCGUUACACUUUUUGGAAUCUCAAAAACCAUUCAUCCUAUUCCAGGACCCAAUGGAAACCCUUUAUUUCCGUAAAACGAAGAAAAAGGAGAAUUAAAUGUAUAUGAAGUUUGUUUGCUUAUAUAUUAUUUGGAAUCUUGGUUGGUACUCUCUGUCUAUUUGUAAUGUGAUUGACUGCAUACAGAGCUUUCUACUUUCAUACUUAAACAUUUCAUUUUUAUCAAGUUUUUUGAUAACAGAUAAUUUUUUAUAUCGACCAACAAACGCUAUUUAAAUAAGAAUGAUAAGAUAAAGUUGAACGACAAUCUGGUUAAAAUACAGAUUCUAUUUCGUUUCGUUUUUUUCUAGUUCAAAAUGUCGUUUUACUUGUCUAUACUACACUAGGAUCUGGAAGAGUUGUUAUAUAACCUGCGUUCUGGAUGGUGUGAGGGAUUAGCCAGCGACUUCAUGGCGUGCGAUGCACGGAACUAUGGGUAAUCCCCUAGAAACGUCAACGCUGAUUGAUUAAUCAUUGUCUGACCUUUUACUACAACCGGUCCGAUCUUGAUGUAGUGUAGGCCAUCGAAAGUAUAAAAAAAAACAAAAGGAAAUAUAGAUCCGUAUUUAAAUCGGAUUGGUUGAACAACUAAAUUUUAACCACAGGUUAAUUAACGACUGGUUAAAUAUAUAACCCUUGGUUUUAAAAUAUAAAUAACCACAUGUUUAAAUUUAUCGACAAGUCAAUUCUGAAUCUCAUUAACUUCACAUGUUCGUUCAUAUUAAGGCAUAUAAUGUCCAUCAUUUUAAUUAUAGAGGGCUGUGCCGUGCCGAGAGGGGUGUGGACGGGGGGCAUCCAAUCAAAGAGUUAUAUUAAAUUUAAGUAUUUUAAAUUUGAAAUUUUCUGAAUGUUGAUAAAUCAUACCACCUGUCAGCCAUUGUUACUAGGGAUACAACCAUUAAGGCAUUUAGGUCAACUGGUGUGGUUUCGAUUCCCUGGUUGUAUGUGACAAGGAGUAGGGUCGCCUGUCCAACCUAGUGGGUUUUCUCCGGGUCCUCUGGGUUUCUCUCAC